GCUGGAAUUGACAUUACAAAAAGUGAAAAAGGUUGGACAAAGGGAGAGGACGUCGGGACACUCGGCGCAGCAGGAAGGCUCCCACCAUAAACGAUAGAUCCCGUAUUACUAGCUGGAGAGAGGAUCUUCUGUCCAGAUGAGAGAGUGGACUGAGUUGGAGAUGAGUUUUUCGGCAGGGGGGUUUCUCUCCGCCUCGGAUGGUUACUGCUCCACAGAGCAGCUCCAGUAUUACGACAUGCUGACUGACCCUCUGGGCUACCCCCUUCAGGACCCUGACCUCCAGCUGCUCCCGUACGGCCAACAACAGUACAGCCCAGCCAACCUGCCCUUUUCCCUCUAUGGCUCUCCACCUUCCUCCACCUCCUCCUCCUCUUCCUCUUCGCAGCCCUCCCAUCCUCAGUACCACUACAGCCCUCAUUGCCUGGAGGCCCCCUGUGAUCCCAGCCCCGAACCCCACUGCGGGGGCCUGGCUCAGGGGCUCGGAGCGGUGGGACUGCACCUGGGGCGGAGGACACGGGUCGGGUCGGGAGGGAAGAGCAGAGGCCAGGAAGAGCUGUGUGUGGUGUGUGGAGAUAAAGCGUCAGGGUAUCACUACAACGCUCUUACCUGCGAGGGAUGCAAAGGUUUCUUUAGGCGUAGUGUGACAAAAAAGGCGGUGUAUCAGUGUAAGAGUGGCGGUGGCUGUGAGAUGGACAUGUACAUGAGAAGGAAGUGCCAAGACUGUCGGCUGAGGAAGUGCCGCGCCGUGGGAAUGCUGGCUGAGUGCCUUCUCACGGAGGUGCAGUGCCAGUCCAAACGACUGAGGAAAGGAGGUAAAGGCAGAGUACAGGAGGAAGAGGAGAACACAGAGAGCAGGAGGGUCAGCUCUACCAGCAAGCUACCUGGACAGGCUUUGUCUGCCAGUUUAACCCAAGAACAAAAGUACAUUGUGGACAGGAUGGUGGAGGCACAUCGACUGUACAGAGCACAGGACAGCAGCCACUGCAGGUUGUUUGAGUUUCCCUGUACAGAAGAAGUGGGGGGCUUGUCUGAUGUUUUAUCACCCCACCUGCAAAGACUGCUACAGUUUGCCAGGACAAUGCCAGGUUUUGACCUCCUGGAUUUUUCCGACCAGAGUUGUCUCCUGUCUGUGUCUUCGCUGGAGAUCAUGUUCCUGAUCUCAGCUCAGCAGUUCUCCCACAACCCAGCAAGCUGUCCAGCCCUGCAGAUUUUCAGAAUGACAACACACAACUGGCUGAGAAAUGUAGAGUCUAAGGAAAACAUCUACAGUAGGAUGCUGGUCAACUCAGGUGGCAGUGAGGAUCUCCUCGGGCCAGUGCUCAACUUCUUCCACAGCAUGGCAACGCUGCGGGUGACAGAUGUUGAAUACACCCUGCUCACUGCAACAGCUCUUCUCUGCUCAGCUCUGUGUCCCUGUCCUGCAGACCGUGCGUCCCUGCAGGCUGCCGGCUGCGUUGAGAAAAUGCAGGAGCUGAUCCUUGACCUGCUGUCCAGGGUGUGUGGGGCCCAGGCUGGAGCUGCGCGAGGGGGACCUCAGCGGUUUGGCCGCCUGCUGGGCAGACUGACGGAGCUACGGACCCUCCGUCACAACUACCUCCUCCUGACGAGACAACCGCAUGGACACUGAUGGAGAGGACACACUGGAAAUAGUGAACACCACCACUGUCAUCUCUGGCCAGUUUCAUGUUUGAAAUGAAGGACUCUAUGUUCCUGUAUGAGCUGAGAAAUUGUACAAAAACAUCUUGACAAUGCAACGUUCACCUGAUAUUGACUGGACUGUGUUGGAUUCUUUGGUCUUACACAUAAAUCUGCCACCAUAUCCUCGGUUGACUUCAGUUCAUUCAGUCAUUAUUGAAUUUCAGCAGAUGAUGGAACUGAAAUGUUUGUGGACUGCUCUAGUUUGGACUGAAGAUAUUUUAUAGGUCUUUUUUUAACUGUUGUAUACAGCUAACAUGUACCCUUACAGUACGUUUCACUAUGCUGAGUAUUGUUAAAAUAAAACUAAAGUGCAAACUG